UACUCUCCAUUCGUUGGUUUAUUUAACCCAUUUGUGUGUCGAGCACUUGGAGGCCAGUAGUGGUGUAAUUGUCAAUAUAUCCAGUGGUGCGGCCUUUCAAGCGAUGCACGGACUCUACCCGCACUCUAUGGCCAAAUGUGCUUUUGAUAUGUUUACCAGAUGUAUGGCCGUUGAGUUAGGCCCAAAAGGCAUUCGUGUCAACUCGGUCAAUCACGGAGCGGUUAUUGACUAUCAGUUUAUGACAAACGGUUCGCGUAAACGGAAGCAUACGUUAGAGGCGGACGCAGUGGCCGAGUGUUACGGACGCCAAUACCCAGUGGGCCGACCCGGCACUGGCGACGAUGUGGCCAAUUCAGUAUUAUACAUGGCGAGCAGUAACUCAUCGUUUGUGACCGGGCUCAAUUUUAUUGUUGAUGGCGGCCAUUUGGCGGCCGGUGUACCACAAGUAGUCAAAGUUCUUACAAAUUAA